CAACGUGUCAUUUUUUCAGAGCUCGCGAAACACUUCCAGGCGGAGAGGUUUCCGAGAAUGGAGAAUGAGGUGGAUUUUUCCGUUCCAUUUUUAGUGUUAGUGGUGGUUACUGGGGCGGCGGGCAUGGGUGGAAUUUUGGCAGAUUUGGAGGACGAAAUCGAUAUGAUUCAUCUUCUUCAUCAUCUGGAUUUUGCGUAUGAUGUGGAUUGCGCUGUCAAUUUGCGAGCAUUUUUCGAUUAAGGAGGUUUGAGGAUUGUCGCAUGUGGCAUCGGCGAUGCUGAGAGGAAGAAGUCUCCAAUCAGACUGACUUCAAUUUACUGAUUCGCUGCUUCAUCAUUGUCCAAACUCUCAUAUGCAUCCCAUGAUACAUCACAUGAUGGUGUUAGGCUUCUUUUCUCUACUUCAUCCUCGAAAGUGCCUGAAUAACGGAUUUUCCUCAUCUCAGGUGCUUCAUCGACCUCAGCUACUUCCUCCUCUGAAGUUUCAUAUUCAUCCCAUAAUGAGCUCAUGGUGCGAUCCACUUUCACGAUCAAGUAUGGCGAUGAUCAGAUUAUCAAAGAUGUAAUCCGGCAUACGUUGUACACAGAGAUUCUUCAGCAGCUGUUGAUGCAUAGGCCCAAGUAAGUAUUAAGUAAAAAUGUUUAAGAGGAGCUGGAACAAUGAAUUUUGUUUGAACAAUAUACAUACCUUUUUGUUCACAAGCUUUUCUGAGUAUCCAUAGUGCUUCUGGAAGACCUUCCUCAACUUGUGUAGAGGAGUAAAGAUUGCAAAUUGCGGUGGAGCAAAUAUCAAAGUCGACACAGCUUCUUCCAAUUCAGGAGAUGGUGGAUUCAGUGACUUGGACAAUCUCGUAGUUGAGUCUAUUCUCUUAACGUUGUUACUUGGCUUUCUAAAGACUCCUAUCCCUUGGAAAUUGGAUCAAGAUAUAAACGCGAUUAUCAACCUGCUUCAUUCUCUCUCUUCUUUGUCCUUCAAAGUUCAAACCCGUAUGUAUGGAGGGAGGCGAAUGGCGGUGUUGAUUCCUUGGCUAAAAAGGGGUGGAAAAGCGGAGGUGAUGGUGGGACCAAGGGUGGACCCAUAGCGAAUUAGAAUGUGUGGGACCAAGGGUGGACCCAUAGCGAGCCAAAUGUAAGUUGUAGGCCCAAGGUAUUUUAGCCCAGUCUAUCUUGUCCAUCCUGUUAUUUUGUUUUGGUCUAAAGAGAUUUUUGGGCCUGAUGUAUAGCCCAGCCCACAUGCUUCAUUCUUUUGGUGAAAUCGUGAACUGCUCUCUUAUGGGUCUUGUAUGUGAGAAAGCUACUAGUUAAUAGAGAUGCGAGAAACUAGUUUAUCAAAAGUCUUUGACAGAAUCUGGACCUUCAAUCUCCAUCAGCCUUUUAUGCCAAAAAUGAGUGGUGGUUUAUGCCCUCCAAUCCCAAUAAACAACUCACAAGAAGCCCAAACUUGCAUUCUGUUUCAAUAUUUUUAUAGAAAGCAAACAUUUCUUGCCACAAAAGGAUUCCUUGAUAGUGUAUAUCAUUACACCUAACUAAAAAGCUCCUCACUUAUAUAAACAUAGUCUUAUCUACAUCACCAGCUAAGCCUUUCGAAUGGUCGGUUUUUUCAAAAAAAAAAGAAAAGAAAAAAGCAAAUUCCCUUCUCCCCAACAAAUGAAAGGUGUAGAGAAAACACCAACUCCUUUCUUCUUUCUUUCCUCCCUUUAAGAUUUGACGAUUGACUCUGUCUCUGGUAGGCUAAUCAUGCUUACAACAUUAUCUUUCUUUCUCACCCGGAGGAAAAAGAGAGAUUCCUUUCAUGUCCCACACCUUUUGCCUUUCUAGUAUUCCCACCUCUGCUCACAAACAAAUGCCACCUAUUGAUUCUCCAUUUAUAAUCUCGACCCUCGUCAUCACGUACAAGCCACAUCCAUCUUGGUUUCUCCUUUCUCUUAUCGCUGCUUCAUGAAUCCAGAGGUAGAGAAACCUCGAGUAACGGAGAUACAAGUCCGGAUGGACUGUAACGGGUGUGUGCAGAAGAUUAAGAGAGCACUGCAUGGCAUCAAUGGUAUCUAUGAUCUAUACAUUGACUUACCCCAACAAAAAUUGACAAUAAUCGGGUGGGCAGAUCCAGAGAAGAUACUGAAAGCUAUUAGGAAAACAAGAAAGACUGCUACCAUAUGUUCCCACACUGAACCAGAACCUGCCACACCGCCAACUGAACAACCACUCAACGGGGAUGCAGAGCCAUUACCAGCACCAGAAGGAACAAACUCUCCAGCAGCUGAUGCACCUCCAGCAGCAGAGCCGCCACAACCUGAGAAUCCACCACCAGAUGCAGCACAAGCACCUCCACCUUCACCCAUUGCUAAUGACACCAAUGCAGCUCAACCAACACAGCCUACAGGUCCUAACGAUGUAGGGGAAGCCCAUGUAAUAUACCGCCUCCCACCACCGGACUAUGGCUACAGAUAUGGAUACAGUCAUGGCUAUGUUAGGCCCUGGAAUAAAUACCCCAGUGGCCAAGGACUACCACCAGAAUCAUCACAGCCUCUCUAUGUGACUCACAGCUACAACACAUACAAGCCAUCACCUUAUGUCACUGAAUAUGAGUAUAUUAGGUCACCACCUAGAUAUACAUACUACAGUAGGAGAGACCACUACAAUGAGGAUUAUCACAGAAGCAGCAGCAAUGGAAAUAUCACAUCAAUGUUCAGCGAUGAAAAUCCAAAUGCCUGUACAAUAGUAUAGAAGGUUCAGGGAGGCUGAUCUGAAGGGACAAACCUUUCUUGUGGUGAUGAAAGAAAGGUUAGAUGGAGAAUAAUUUGUGAGAUAAUAGAAGGUGGAAGCAAUGUUAUCAAAUAAGCAUGUGAAAUGUUUCAGGGAAGAAUGAGAUUCUAAACUUGUUUAAGUGAUGGAAAUAUUGAUUCUGCAUUCCACUUC